UAGGUUUCUGAAAUCCGUGUGUAUUUGUCACUGUCUCGUGCUUACACCGCUACACCACAGACAAAACCAUACACCUCAUUCUCGUAUCGCAUCCUUUACAUGCAAUUUUAAUUUCAUAUCAUAGCAACGUCGUGACUUACACGCUCAAUCAAAAUCAAAUCCAUUCCUCUCUUCACCAUCAAAAAUAAAUAGCAACAUCCUUUCUCAUCAGCAACUCUAUAACAUCGUUGAUGAUGAAGUCUCUGGAUAUUCUGAAAACUCCUUCUUCAGUUAAAAUCACAGCACUCACACUCUUCUCGCUAACCCUUCUCAUUUUCAUCUUCACUCGUUACUCCUCAACAACCACCUUAACCAUCUCACAUCUCACCUUUUUCUCCCCUUCUCCAAGUCACCACCAACAACAACAACCAAAACCUCUCCGUGUCCCUCCGUUACCGUCACUCGACCGAAUCGGUCUCUUAGACCAAAACGGCGUCAUGACGGACAAUUUCACUCUCGGUAGCAACGAUGACUCAUUAUUGUUAAAUUGGAAUAUGAACAAUGAUGAUUUGGUUCCUGUGGUGAUGGAGAAGAAGGUGGUGGAGAAGUAUAAGAUUUGUGAUAUGAGUAUGGUGGAUUAUAUACCUUGUUUGGAUAAUGUGGAAGAGAUUGUGAAGUUUAAUGUGAGUUUGAGAGGGGAGAAAUAUGAAAGACAUUGUCCUCAACAAGGGAAGGGUUUGAAUUGCAUUGUUCCUAGGCCUAAUGGUUAUAAGAGACCUAUUCUUUGGCCCAAGAGUAGAGAUGAGAUUUGGUUCAGUAAUGUACCCCAUACACGUCUGGUUGAAGAUAAAGGUGGCCAAAAUUGGAUAUCAAUAAAGAAGGAUAGAUUUGUUUUUCCAGGAGGUGGAACACAAUUUAUACAUGGCGCCGAUAAAUAUCUGGAUCAAAUUUCAGAGAUGGUUCCUGACAUUGCAUUUGGUCACAACUCAAGUGUUGCUUUAGAUAUUGGCUGUGGAGUGGCAAGUUUUGGUGCAUUUUUGAUGCAACGUAAUGUGACCACUCUUUCAAUAGCACCAAAAGAUGUUCACGAAAACCAGAUUCAGUUUGCCCUUGAGCGUGGCGUGCCUGCCCUUGUAGCAGUAUUGGCUACACAUCGUUUACCAUUCCCAAGCCAGGCAUUUGACCUUAUCCAUUGUUCAAGAUGCAGAAUUAAUUGGACUCGUGACGAUGGAAUUUUGCUUCUUGAGGCCAACAGGCUUCUGAGAGCAGGUCGGUACUUUGUGUGGGCAGCACAGCCUGUAUACAAACAUGAAGUGAGUCUUCAAGAACAAUGGAAAGAAAUGGAGAACCUGACAGCUCGCAUGUGUUGGGAACUUGUACUGAAAGAGGGUUAUAUUGCUAUAUGGAGGAAACCUAUGACAAAUAGCUGCUACCUAAGUCGUGACAUGGCUGUGCAUCCUCCAUUAUGUGACUCCAAUGAUGAUCCAGAUGAUGUUUGGUAUGUUGGUCUUAAGGCAUGCAUAACUCAAUUACCUAAUAAUGGAUAUGGAUCGAAUGUUACUAACUGGCCUUCACGCCUUCGUCAACCACCAGACAGGCUUCAAAGCAUCCAAAUGGAUGCCGUUAUAUCCAGACAGGAACUCUUUAAUGCAGAAUUAAAAUAUUGGAAUGAAAUAAUAGAUAGUUAUGUGCGGGCUUACCGUUGGAAGGAGUACAACUUAAGAAAUGUAAUGGACAUGAGGGCAGGAUUUGGAGGGUUUGCUGCAGCUUUGCAUGAUCUCCAGAUUGACUGUUGGGUUAUGAAUGUUGUUCCUGUCAGUGAAUUCAAUACGUUGCCUGUUCUAUAUGAUCGAGGGCUAAUAGGAGUUAUGCAUGAUUGGUGCGAGCCAUUCGAUACAUACCCAAGAACAUAUGACCUGCUACAUGCAGCGGGUCUUUUCUCUGUUGAAAAAAAGCGGCAAAAGUGUAACAUCUCAACCAUUAUGCUCGAGAUGGAUCGGAUGCUAAGACCAGGUGGUUAUGUAUAUAUACGUGACUCCGUACGCAUUAUUAAUGAGCUCGAAGAAAUUGCGAAAGCAGUGGGAUGGAUUACUGCUCAGAAUGAUAUAGGAGAGGGUCCAUAUGCAAGCUGGAAGAUAUUAAGGUGUGAGAAACGUUUCUGAAUUGCUCAAUUGUGUAUCAGUAACCAACAGAUUCAUCAUAUAUUGGCUCAUGCAAUCAGAACAUGGUAAUCUACCUAUAGUGCCAGAAAUGUGACAACCCUGGCAUUCUUAAUCAAGAGCCAGUUCUAUAUUUAUAAUAGUUUAGUUUGUAUUUAUUGACUGUAUAUUUUUUUAGAUAGAUGUCCAAUCAAAUUUCAUUCUUUUUCAAUAGAUGAGAACCAAAUUUCAUUAUUUAAUCAUGUAAUAAUAUUAGUUUCUAUAGUUUCGAAAUAAAUGUGAUUGGAUGCACGUUUUUUAUUA